UCAGACGUGUUUAGCGAUUAAACGUGUUUAGAGACGGGUGGAACCGGGUACGUGUUGUGGGUGCGCCGUUUCAGAGUAUGAAGUACGGCCCACACACGUUCGGACACAGUAGUAAAAAGAAAAAGUUUACAAGAAAGGCAAACACACAAAUUUAAAACCCUAGAGGAGAACUAAAACAGAACAAGACAGCGCGCUCGCCGGCGCCAGGCGCGCUGUGUAAUAACCCGCUACACCUUUUGUUAAUAUUUAAGAAUGCAAUUUCGACAUGCUUCAUUAACCCUUCUCUUUUUUCUUGCUUUUGAUUUAAUUUUUGCCCAAGACGACGCGUGUGCUGGUGUGACUUGCAAUAAUAAAGGAACCUGUGACGCAAACGCGGCUUACACGAGAGGGUACUGGUGUGAGUGUGACGACGGAUGGGCGGGCCAGGAUUGCAACCAUCCUGAGCCCACCGUUCGUUGCGGAGACGAUCGAAUUGAUGUAGUAAUCGACAAAGGACUUGUGCAAGAAUUGCAGGUCGACGACGACGCGCGUUUCGUUUAUUUUGGAAAAUCUUCUGCUGGACAGCAAUGUCGAGCAAGCGAAGACGGCAAUUUGUACAGACUCAGUAUUCUACCCCCGUUUUCAAACUGCGGAACACAAGUCAUUCAACGUGGUCCCGGCGACGACUACACGUUUAGUAACACGGUUGUAUGGAACAGAGAAGUCAACAAUACACAAAACAUUAUCGACCGAGAAAUGAUCCUGUUAGAUUUUAAAUGUAUUUACGAGGACACCUACACUGUUUCUGGACCUUCACUCUUGCCAACUCUUAAUGUUUUGAAAUUCCAAACUGGGCAAGGGCGAUUUGAAGUGAGAAUGGGUUUAUUCGACGAUAACAGUUACUCUGGAAGUCACGAGUACACACAACAACCGACUAUAUCUAUUGGAACAUACGUUUAUGUUCAGGUUGAGCUUGCUCAUGUAUCGGACCCCCAUCUCGUAGUUACAAUGGAAAGGUGCUUCGCAUCUCAAUCUCGUGACCCCGCUGACCCAGUUUCCACCAAACACAUGCUUAUUGUAAACAGAUGCGCCAGUCUGAACGACUCUACUGUACAAGUACGAUACAACGGUGAAAAUGCCAGAAGUCAGUUUAAAUUCCAGAUGUUUAAAUGGCGAUGGAGCGCAGAUGACGUAUAUUUGCAUUGCGAAGUUGAUAUCUGUAACAGAACAUCGGAAAUCUGCACUGGAAACGGGAUUGAUUGUCGCGGAUUGGGGGAGUUUCGUCGCAAGCGUGAAGCUCUUUCAAGAGAAGGCGAAUACAAUCCCGACUCUGCACCACCAGUGGGGCAUUUUGUUAGCCAAGGUCCCAUACAUGUAGAAUGGGUAAAACAAUCCCUAUCCGACUUGAACAAUAACGGAAACAAUCAAGUUGACACAACUAUGGUCAUUCUCGGUUCAAUCCUCGGCUUGGUCCUCGUAAUUUUGGGCGUCAUAGUCGGUGCAAUUAUCCGACGAAAGCAGCGUCAAAAAAAGAGUAAAGAGCGACAAGAGGCAUCCGAAGCGACCACACGUCAAUUCACUUCUUUACAUUUCACAACCGAAGCUUUUUAAGAUUUUAUAUGUUUUUGAGCCAAAAGUGCCAAAUUUUGAAAACCAAAAAUAUAAUUUUCAAAUAAAAAACGUAUUUUUAAAGACCAUUUAAUCUUACCUCCAGUUUUUAUAUGCAUAACAUUUAUCGUAUUACAGUCAAAAUAGUUUUAUUACCAGUAUUUUAAAAUUCGGCUUUUGAGCAAUUUACUUAAAAAAAAAUUAGUUUGUAAUUUAUGACUUAAUUUUAAAAAAAAACAGGAAUUGUUUUUUUCCAGUAAUUCCACCAAAAUUGUAGCUGUAUUUAUCCUUUUGAAACCAGAAACAUAUUUUUCGGACAUAUUUUAUCAAAAAUCUUGAAAAACUGGGAUAUUUUUUGAUGAUACCAUUUUGAAAGUUUAAAAUUCAAUUAAAAAUUUAAAUAUUAAAUUUAAAACAUAUUUAGAUUUUUAAAUUUGAUAUAAAAAAUGUGUGAGAAAACUGACAUUUUCUCAGUUAUUUUAUUAUGUGUUUAGCAUAUAUAUGUUGCCUCGGCAGAUCGAGACGGAUCGCUUUUUGUGUUUAGUGUUAUCGAGUGACACUUUAGCUCAAAAACUGUUGCAAUUCAAUUAUUUCGCGUGCUCUGUUUCAUUAUUGUGAAUAUAUGUUAGCUUAAGUAACAAAUAAAUGUUGGAAAAAAUA